AUGAAUAAUAAAUUUACUUUAGAACAACUUCCAAAUGAAAUAUUUCAAGAAUUAUUUGAAUAUUUUGAUAUUUAUGAAUUAUAUAGAACAUUUUCUCAAUUAAAUUUUCGUAUUGAUUCAUUAUUAAGUAAUUUUAAAUAUCUUCAAGUAAUUUUUUAUACACCUGAAGAUAUUGAUUAUCGAGUUAAUCGAUAUUUUUUACCUAAAACAAAAACACUUAUUAUUAAUCAUACAAAAAAUUUUUAUGAUCCAUUAAAAAUUAAUUUAAUAUCACAUAUUCGUUGUUUAAUACUUUGUCAACCAACACGUGAACAAUGGAAUUCAAUUCAACCAUUAUAUUUUCCAUAUCUUGAACGUUUAUAUUUAAUAAAUUCAAGAUUUAUUUAUCGAACCGAACAACUUUGUUAUUUAAUUUUUUCUAAUAAAUUUCCUUAUUUAUAUUCAUGUUCAUUACCACAUAUUUCUUAUGAAAUUAAUAAUCAAUGGACUUAUUCAUUAAAACUUCAAUCACUUCAAAUUAAUAUUUGGGAUAUUCGUGUUUAUAUUCAAAUUCUUAAUGCUUGUCCAAAAUUAAUUUAUUUAAAAAUUGAACUUAAUGGAGGAAAUAAUCAAGAAAAAAUUCAAAUUUUAAAUACAAAUAAAAAUCAUUUAAUACUUCGACAUCUAACUCUUUAUCUUUUUUGUCCAAUAACAUAUGAUUUUAUUGAUUCAAUACUUUCUUUUGUACCUAAUCUUGAAUAUUUUAUACUUGAUGUUAAAUAUCAACGACCAAGUUAUAUAUCAGUAAAUACAUUAGCAUCAAUUCUUGAAUAUCGUACACCACGAUUAAAUCGAAUUAAUAUUAAUAUUACUCUACCGAAGAGUCUUUGUUGUAAAGAACAAAUGGAUACAAAAUAUUUAUUAUUUCGUUCAUGUAAAAUUCAAUAUGAAUUAAAUCAAUUUACAAGAUUAAUUGUUGUCGGAUCAUUAGGAAGAUAG